AUGUCCUCGCUCGCCAACUCCGUAAUGGCCCGUCUGCCCGCCCGCCUCCGACCCGCCCGCUCCGCCGCCUGGCCGCCGAGCAUGUCGUGGAUUUCCCUGCCUCCCUCGGCCCGCGACGCCUCCCCCGAGGCCGUCCUCGCCGCCUUUGCCUCGUUUCACGGCGAGCAGGCGCUGCAAUUCCUGCAGUCGCACGUCCAUGGCCUGUCCGACUCCGAGGCCGACGUCCGCCGCGUCGUCAAGGGCGCCAACAUACUGCCCACCCAGCGGCCGCCGUCGUGGAUCCUGACGCUGCUCGGUGCCAUCCCGAACCCGUUCAACGUCCUGCUCAUCUUCCUGGCCAUCAUCAAUGCCUCUGUUCCUGAUCGCAACUGGGCGGGGAUAACGGUCCUCCUCAUCAUGGUCUGCGUCUCCGUCCUUGUGCGCUUCUGGCAAGAGUACCGCAGCAGCGUCGCCGUCUUCCGCCUCCAGUCGUCCAUCACAAACACCCUCAUGGUCCGUCGCCAAUCCCCGCCAAAAGCCGCGGGCCUCGAAGGCGCCCUCGGGCCGACCCCGGUGUCCGUCAUGGAAAAGGACCUCGUUCCCGGCGACGUCGUCGUGCUCUCUCCGGGCUGCAUCGUUCCCGCCGACUGUCUCAUCCUCGACGCCUCCUUUUUGCGCAUCAGCCAGUCGACCUGGACCGGCGAGAACGAGCCCGCGGCCAAGAUGGCAAACCCCCUUGCAGACAAGGAGGCCACCCUGUUCGACUUGCCCAAUCUUGCCUUUAUGGGCACCAGCGUCAUCUCCGGCAACGGGCUCGCCCUCGUGCUUCGAACGGGAGGAGAUGUCCUCAUCGCGAGCAUGGCCAAUGAGCUCAGGAAGAGGCGCGAGCGGAAUGCCUUUGAAAAGGGCAUCCGCAACGUCAGUUGGAUGCUCAUCGGCUUCAUGUGUUUCAUGGUUCCCAUCGUCCUCGUCAUCUCCGGCAAGAAGACCGGUGACUGGAACGCGGCCGCCCUCUUCAGCAUCAGCGUUGCUGUCGGUCUUGUCCCCGAAAUGCUCCCCGCAAUAGUCAACGCCAACCUCGCCCGCGGCGCCUACACCCUCUCCAAGAAGAAGGCCAUUGUCAAACGCCUCGACUCGGUGCAAAAUCUUGGCGCCAUGUCCUUUCUCUGCAGCGACAAGACGGGCACCCUCACCAAGGAUGAGAUUACCCUUAGCCAGUACCUCGACUAUGCCGGCGUCGAAAACAUGGCCGUGCUCAAGCUGGCGACCGUCGACGCCCACGUCCAGGGCGCCAAUGGCAACAACAUCGACCUGGCCAUUCUCAACCACCGUCUCGCGGAGGGCAAGACUGUGAGCGUCGCGCAAUACGAAAAGGUCGCCGCCAUCCCCUUUACUUUUGAGCGGCGCCGCUCCUCGUGCAUCGUCCGCGGCGCGACCGGUCAGAACCUGCUCAUUUGCAAGGGCGCCUUUGACGAGGUGCUCGAGCUGUGCACGUCGGUCCGCCAGGGAGGCGUCGCGGUGCCGCUGGACGCGGAAAAGAAGAGAGUGCUGAUGGAGCUGUCGGGCGCGCUCAACAAGGACGGGUACCGUGUGCUGCUGAUUGCCGAGAAGAAGCUGUCCAAUGUGAACCUGGACGACGAGGAUGGCCUGGGCGCGCUCGAGACACGCAUGACGCUCGAGGGCGUGCUCAGCUUCAUCGACCCGCCCAAGGAGGACGCGGCCGUGUCGAUUGUGCAGCUCAAGGCGCUGGGCGUGCAGGUCAAGGUGCUGACGGGCGACAGCCUGCCGGUGGCGCUCAACGUGUGUCAGUCGCUGGGGCUGGUGGGCGCCGACGACGAGACCGACGAUGACGUGCAGGCCGUGACGGGCCCACAGCUGGCGCAGGUCGAGGACACGCCCGAGUUUGACGCUACGGUCAAGGCGUGCACCGUGUUUGCCAAGCUGACGCCGCAGCAAAAGGCCCUCGUCGUCGGCAGCCUGCGCAGCGCCGGGCACUGCGUGGGCAUGCUGGGCGACGGCAUCAACGACUGCAUGGCCCUGAGAAAGGCCGACGUGGGCAUCUCGGUGGACUCGGGCGCCAGCGUCGCCAAGGACUGCGCGGACCUCAUUCUGACGGAAAAGGGGCUCGGCAUCAUCGUGGCCAGCGUCAAGACGGGGCGCAUCACGCACGGCAACACGAUCAAGUACAUCAAGAUGGUGGCGUCGUCCAACUUUGGUAACGUAUUCAGCGUCUUGGCCGCAAGUGCCUGGGUGCCCUUUCAACCGAUGCUGGGCCUGCAACUGCUCGCGCAGAACCUGCUCUACGACAUUAGCCAGAUUGCCAUUCCGUGGGAUCGCGUCGACCCCGAGUACAUGCAGACACCCAAGUCGUGGAACACGCUGGACCUGCUGCGCUUCGUCAUUGUCCUGGGCCCGACGAGCUCUGUCAUCGACAUCCUGACGUUUGCGCUGGGCUGGUUCUACUACGGCGUGCAGUCGGAGGCCAACACCGAGGGCGUCGAGAUGUUCCGGGCGCACUGGUUCCUGCAGGGGCUCCUCACGCAGACGCUCAUUGUCCAUUUGCUGCGGACGGCCAAGAUACCCUUCAUCCAGAGCCGGUGCACGGUGCCGCUGGCGCUAUCGACGGCGACGAUUAUGCUGGUCGGCUUCUCCAUCCCGUGGAUCCCGCCGUUCCGGGCGGCACUUGGGUUCGCGCAGCCUGCGCCGUCGUACGUGGGCCUGCUGGCAGCGGAGCUGAUGCUGUACUGCCUCGAGGUGCAGCUUGUCAAGAUGGUUUACAUACGCGUCUUCAAGACGUGGCUGUAG